AUGUUGGAAAAUAUUUCUUCCGCUAACAGCAUACCGCCCGAGUUUCUGCUUCCACCAUUCUUAGCUGCCUGUGGACACUUCCUUGGAAAAUCUGUAGUUUGUCCUUGGGGAACCUGGAAGCAGCCGGCAAUAAUUUAUUCCACUACAGUAGGAUUUACCGGCACCAACAAAUCUGCUGCCAUAGAAAUCAUUAAGGGAGCCAUUCAAGAAGUGGAAUCUGCACAGGGGAUACCCUUUCAGAACUCUCGAAUUAACCAAUCUGCAACAGUGGAAUCACAUUUGAAACAACUCACACAAGAAAACAGGCAAAUUAUGAUGUGGGACGAGUUAAAAACUUGGCAAACAAGUCUUGGAUUGUAUAAAUCCGGCAGUGCGUCUGACUACGACACAACCAUUUAUCUUACUGCGUACAAUGGUGGUUCCCUAAAACGGCAGACAUGCAACAGCAACACGGCAAUUCCUUGUCCUGUCUUAAAUUUGACCGGAAUGUCGCACCCAGGAGAAAUCUGCAAACGACUGGACGAGGAGAGAAAAACUUCCGACAACAACGAUGGACUGUAUAGCAGAUUUCUUAUGUGCAUGCCGGAACCAGUUUUCUCAUUUGCAGACGAAGUACAGGAGAUUAGACAGGACCUACCCAGCUUGGCAAAGUUGUUCUAUGCAGUUGAGAAAAUGAAUGUCGGAACGUGUUUGUACAGCUACGGAACACCAGCUCUAGCUAUUGCUAAACAGUAUUACAACUAG